AUGGCGGCGUUGGCAGCGGCUGAGCGGCUCCUGUCGGAGGGGGAAGGCGGUGCCAUGGACCCGGCGCGGCUGUCGCCCCCGCCGCCCCCACAGCCCCGGGGGGAAGCGCAGCCCCUGGAGCAGCUCCCGCAGAGCAACACGCUGGUGGGGCUGCCCAUCGUAGCCAUCGAGAGCAUCCUCGGCUUCCUGUCCUACGACGAGACCAGCCAGCUCCGCCUGGUAUGUAAGCGAAUGGACUUGGUUUGCCAGAGAAUGCUGAAUCAGGGAUUUCUGAAAGUGGAAAGAUACCAUAACUUGUGCCAGAAACAAGUUAAAGCACAGCUUCCAAGACGGGAAUCAGAAAGGAGAAAUCAUUCACUAGCUCGCCAUGCAGACAUUCUUGCUGCUGUAGAAACAAGGCUGUCAUUGCUGAAUAUGACAUUCAUGAAGUAUGUGGAUUCUAACCUCUGCUGCUUUAUACCUGGGAAGGUAAUUGAUGAAAUUUAUCGUGUGUUAAGGUAUGUAAACUCCACCAAAGCUCCUCAGAGAGCCCAUGAAGUCCUUCAGGAGUUAAGGGACAUUUCAUCUAUGGCAAUGGAAUAUUUUGAUGAGAAGAUCGUUCCAAUUCUGAAAAGGAAGUUGCCAGGAUCAGAUGUAUCAGGACGUCUUAUAGCAGCAGCACCAGUUCCAGGUCCUUCUGCAGCCUUAACAACAAUGCAGCUCUUCUCCAAACAAAACCCGUCAAGGCAGGAGGUCACCAAGCUCCAGCAGCAAGUUAAAACCAAUGGUGCAGGUGUGACUGUGCUAAGGCGUGAAAUUUCAGAGCUUCGCACCAAAGUGCAGGAGCAGCAGAAACAGCUCCAAGACCAAGACCAGAAACUGCUUGAGCAAACCCAAAUCAUAGGUGAGCAGAAUGCCCGACUGGCUGAGCUUGAACGCAAACUGCGAGAGGUUAUGGAAAGUGCAGUUGGAACUUCCUCAAGGUCUGCGCCAAGUGAGGAAACUCCUAGGAAGCGGAAGAAAGCUGUUGAAUCAAUAGGUUCACUUAGGAAGUCAAAACGCCUUCGGAAUAAUAAAUAACUUUGGAAUAAAUGAUACCUCCCAGGAGAAUGCACUGCUUUUAGUAGCCCAAGCAGAUUGUCUGGUCUGGAUACUGAAAUUCACAGCACGGUCUCAUUUAGGCUGCUGGCUCUUCAGAACACCAAUUUUGAACAACAGUUUUCUCUUAUUGCUAAGACAUUUCCCCUCCGCCCCCUCCCCCCGCAGCUGCUGCCUCCUGCCUCUUCUUCUGUUUGAGUGGGCCGCUCUGUACAGGAUUGUGCUAAUUUGCCAUACAUUUGUACUAAGCAGACCUGUUCUAUCAUGUUCUGAAAAGUUAACUUUUUUUCUGUGGAGGUGAUUAUUACAGUGAAAUUUACGUUUAUGCCUCUGUUCCUAUACAGGAGUAUCUUCUGGUCAAAUUAAGCUUGGAUUUAUUUUAAAUUGAUAAACAGCAGAUGGUCCUGUUCACUUGAAAAGACCCACUUUUUAAAAUCUUGUUUUGAAAAAGGUUGACUUUUUUGUUGCAAGUGACCUUUAGAAUGUCUAAAAAGUAGUUUAUACAUGUGAAAGUUGACAAAAGAAGUAAAGAUGACUUCUUAAGCUACAGCAUUGGCUAUAUAUAUUUUUGUAAAUUUAGCAAGCAACUGACUUCAGCCUUGAUUUCAGAAAUGCAUACCCUACUUCUAAGCAUCUGGAGCCAUAUUUUAACUUUGCAUGGAUAGGUGCAUGCAUUGCCUAGUCAGCUUGCUAAAGCACUUGCCUGGAGUUCCUAUUAAAUCUGCCUCUUCCAACUUCUGUAGAAUGAUUUUUGCUUUACUUUGUUCCUUAGCCAGGGCUCUGCCAAUGUUUUUAAUAUCAUUAUCAUUUCUUGUGAAGCCAUUUUGUUACUAUUUCAGGAGCAUAUAGAAGCCAGGCUAUUUGCUGCUUCUGCUACCUGUAGGUCAUAGAUACUCUUACCUAAAGCAGGAUUUCAGAGGUUGGUUUUCUUGCCUGCAGAUUUCUGGUUACACACUACUGAUGCUGGUUCAGAGGUCAAAAGACUCUUAGGUGUUUGGGGCAAAGUGAUUUGUGUUUUUUAUAGUACACAGGCUUGGUGAGGCAUGGUUUGACUUUUAAAAGUUUGUGUUCAGGAAAAGGUCUUACUGAUAUAUGGACAGAACUCUCUGUAACAAUAAUUCUAGUGCUUUUUAAAUCCUAAAAAGUAAAUUGACUUCAGACAACAAAGCUUUAAUUUCUUUUGCACUCCUGUUUUGAAGUUGUAACUGGAAAAGCAUGUCUUGCACUGUACAGUCUCUGGAUUUGUCACUUUAACAGCCUCCAAGUUGUAGUGUACAGUGAUUUAUUUUCCCGGGUUGUAUGUUUUUUUUAAAAACCUUAACCGACUAUUGCUGUCCAUUGUUUUAAUUUGGUGUUACUAAAAAAUGUAGUUCUGUUGCUCAACUGUUACAUUUUCUCUCAAACUGCUGUUGCUGCUGCCUUUAGGGUUUUUUUUGAUAAAAUCAAACUUGGGAACAGAAAUUGAAUUUGAGUAGUGGCUCAAGAAGCUGCUCUUGAAUUGAAAAAUUUCUUAAGUACCUUGAAUUAAAAUGGUAGCUUAAUACUCAUUUCUCAGUCAAAGAUGAACAUAAAGCUUUCAUUUAGACUGUUCUUUUAAAAAAAACUGUUAAUCAGUCAUUCAGUUCAUGAUUGGAGUGUUUCCCAUAGAACAAAAUACUGCAAAUUGAUGUCAUGAGUUUGAAGUGUUUAAUUUUUUUUUAUAUUCUUGUUUUGCUAUCUUAAGGCCUUUUUACUGUGUGUUUUCUUUUAAUCGGGAGCAGGCUAUUGUAUCUUAGCAGUGAGUAAACACUUAAUUGUCUCAAGGAUAAUAUAACAGUUGUUAAAUCUGUCACUUGAAUGUUUCUUAUUUUAAUGAUUCAGUUUUAUCCAAUCAGAACAACUAUAAUGCAGGGAUAAUUGCUUUGCGUGUAUUUAGAUCUCUUUAAAAAACAAUGAGUUUUUUCAUUGA